GCAGGAUGGCCGGGAAGGUGGCACUGUUCCUGUGGGGUGAGUGCCCCUGGGCACGGGCCUGACACCCCAGGGAUGGGGAGGGGAGAUGGCACAGGGGGGCUGUGGGGUCCCCUGAGGUUCCCAAUGCCAGCAGUGCCAGAGCAUGAGGUGACCGGAGCCAUGGGGUGGCUGUGGGGACAGUAGAGAGGGGACAGGAAUGUGAGGACAUUAAUAAGGGGACAGAGAUUUGGGGAGUCAUCAUGGGGCUGGUGUGGGUGACCUGGGCCAGCACGGGGUGGCCGUGACAUCCCCAGUUCAGGAGUGUCCACAGUGUCCUUGUGUCCUGCCUGAGCAAGGUCUAGACAAGGUAUUUCUGUCCCCAAGGGGUCCAUGUCACACAAGGACACUUUGGGGACAGCCCCCACACCCUGUACCCCAUGUGUCUCUGUCCCCACGGUGCCACCCCCACCUAGCCCUGUCCCUUCUCCCUUCCAGCACAGACCCUCGGCCUCGCUGGUGAGUCCUUGGGGGAUGCCAUGGCCCCACCCCGCUGUCCCCAGCCCCGUGCUGGCCCUGCCAGGCUGGUGUCCCCUGUCACCCACAGGUGCCCAGACCACCCAGCUCCUCGUGGAGCCCCCCUGGAGGCCGGCGGUGCUUUGGGACCCAGUGACACUGACCUGCCAGGGCUCGGGGACCGCCGGUGCCACCACCUGGUACAGAGACGGGCAGCGCUGGGGGCAGAAGGGAGGCAACCACUUCACUGUCACCGAGAGUGGCACCUACAGGUGUGACACCCCGGGAAGCAGGCGCAGCCCACCCGUGACAGUCUCAAAUGACGAUCUGGUGCUGCAGGUGCCGGUGCUGGCGCUGCUGGAGGGGGACACGGUGACACUGCGCUGCCGGGGCUGGAGGAACCGCACGGUCACCAGGGUGUCCGUCUACCGCGAGGGGGAGAAACUGAGGGGGCUCCGCGGUGGGACCAAGCUGUCCCUGUCCCCUCUGCAGCUGCACCACAGUGGCAGCUACCGCUGCACGGGCCUGGUGGGAUCCUGGGUGUUGCAUGAGUCAGCACCGGUGACAAUGACAGUGUACGCCAGGUUAGAGUUGCAGGUGUCGGCGCGGGAGCUGCUGGAGGGGGACACGGUGACACUGCGCUGCCUGCGCUGGCACGACAACCCGGUCACCGGAGUGCGAUUCUAUCAUGGGGACAAGGAGGUGGGGAGGCCCCUCAAUGGGACCGAGCUGUCCCUGUCCCCUCUGCAGCUGAACCACAGUGGAAACUACAGCUGCGAGGGCUGGGUGGACUCUGGAGUGUCACCGUGGGCACAGUCGGCACCAGUGACAGUGACAGUGCAUGGUGAGCACCCCCUCGGCUGGAACUCCAAUCUCCUGACACCCCCACAGCCCCUUCCCAGCAGACUCAGAGUCACAGUCCUCACCUCCCCUCUCCUUCCCUGAUCUCUCCCCGGUGCCGUUGCUGGAGGGUCCCCCCGAGCCCAGCCUGGGGUCGGCCCUGACUCUCAGCUGCCUCAGCACCCCCAGCCCCCUGAGGCCCCCCGCCCCCCUCCUGCACGUGUUCUACCUGGACGGGCAGGUGCUGGGGGGCCCACAGGUGUCCCCGCAGCUGCUGGUGCCCUCCGUGGGGGUCUCCCACUCGGGGAAUUACAGCUGCCAGGUGCGCUCCGAGGGGGGGAACGUGCGGAAGAUCAGCGCCCGGCUCCGCGUCACGGUGCGCAGUGAGUG